ACGGGAUGCGCUGGGUGGAAGAGGUCAUUUAUCUCCAGGCUUUGAGAUCUGCGUGGGGGAGCUGUUGCAGCAGCCCAAGGCCGGGCUGCGUGGGAAGCCUCCGGCCGGGAGCUGUGUGGCGUGGGCUCGCCUUCCCCCGCAGCAGGAAGAGCGGAGACGGCAUGGCGUGGCGGGGUCUCGUGCUGGCCGCCUGCCUCCUUGUGCUCCCCGCGGCCACAGCGGACUGCCUAUCCCAGUGCUCCUUGUGUGCUGUGAAGAGCCAGGAUGGGCCCAAGCCCGUCAACCCUCUGAUUUGUUCCCUGGAAUGCCAGUCCGCUCUGCUGCCGGCUGAGGAGUGGGAGAGAUGCCAAGGCCUUCUGUCUUUUUUCACCCCCUUCACCUUCGGGCUCAAUGGCAAAGAAGACUUGGAGACCAAGGCCGCUUUGGAGGGGCCCUAUAGGGAGCUGGCCAAGCGCUCUGGGCCCUUCCUGAAGGAGCUCGAGAAAAACAGAUUUCUCCUCAGCACCCCAGCAGAGGAGAAUGCCCUGAGCAGGAGCCUGGUGGAGAAGCUCAGGGGUCUCUCUGGCAGGUUGGGGGAGGGAGAGGAGUCUGAGCUGAUGGGGGACACACAGCUGAACGAUGAUGCCAUGGAGGCCGGGGCAUUGGAUUCCAAUGAGGAGGACGGCAAAGAGCAGGUCAAACGCUAUGGGGGCUUCUUGGGGGAGGGGGUGGGCCACGAGGACCUGUACAAACGCUAUGGGGGCUUCCUGAGGCGCAUCCGUCCCAAGCUCAAAUGGGACAACCAGAAACGCUAUGGAGGUUUUCUCCGACGCCAGUUCAAGGUGGUAACUCGGUCUCAGGAAGACCCCAAUGCCUACUCCGGAGAGCUUCUUGAUGGGUAAACCCCUCCCCAUUGUGGAGUUGAGUCAGGAGCUCCCCCUGACACCCUUCCAGAUUGGAGUGCCCUCGUUCAUCCUACCUUAUAUCCCCUGUCCCCAUGCUCAGUUCAGCCUUGUCUGCAAAACAUCCAAACCCGGCCUGCCCCUUUUCUGCCUGGGGUGCAGUGUUUGUCUGGGGUCAGUGAGGAGGAAGGAUGGAGACUCCCCUCUUCAGGAGGCUCAGUGCUUGGUUCCAACUCUAGAACAUUGAAACUACUGCCAACAGCAGCUUUCGCUAUUAACCCCUAAUCCCCCCCCCCAUUAAUGUGAUUCUCCAGUUCCAAGAGUCCAGACUGACUUGUUCUUCAUCCUUCUAGAUAAAUAGCAAAACAAGAUAAAGAAACCAAUAGAAAUCUUAACUUUAUCCCAAACCUUAAAGGACCUUCUUGUGCUCCCCACUUCGGAGACCAUGCUUUAGGUAAAACGCUCAAACAGUAAAUUUUAUUGGAGCAGAAAGCCCCACACUAGAGAGUUCAGUCCUCCAGUGGGCAUGUGUUCAGUUGUGUUCUCUGUUCUCAUCAUUUAGAAACACACCUCUAGAGGACCCGAGUUCCUGGACUCUAGUUCGUUUUGGUACCUUGGAUAGCACCCAACGUGUCAGGAGACAAAGGGCUUGAAAACCCCUUCCAAAAUGGUGAUGAGAGCAGUUCUCCCUCUGAAUACUGAAAUGAUGAAGAAGGGAGCAAGACAAACCAAUUUGCUCUGUGCAGCAAACUCAAAAUGCGGACCAGUUCCCUCAGCCCUCAUUAAACUAAUUAAACAGAUCGGCAUCCCACUCCUACCCCAGGAUGAACUGAAGAUGAGUCAAGUCGAUGAGGUUAAGCACAACCAUGUUCUUGAGCAGCUGAAUUGGCCGCCAAGAGUCUUAGCCAUCUGGCCAAACAUAUGCAUUGGGCAUUGGGUAAGGCAUUCCAGAAGCAACAGCUAGAAAGACAAACAGUCCUUCUUCAACCCCUGUGAUGAUUCUUUCCUCUUGAUUUCUCAGAAUAAAACCAGAAAGAGGCAUGAAGUGAUUAAGUGCUUGAGGCCAAAUGAAUUCCCUUGAUUCAAAUAACCCAGAAUCAGAGGCAGAGACCUCCCAAUGCCUUGGAUUCAAUCAAAGUCUUCUCUCUCUCUGUUGCUCUCGCUCGCGCACCCCUAGGCACUAUGGUUUGGUUUGUGGGUCCAGGAGGGUGGGCUGGAUAAGAGAGAAAAGGGUCUUGAGCUCAGUUAAUUUGUAUACAAUGCUGCUGAGCUUACCUCUUCCUGCACGUCUCCCAGGUCCCUCAUGAUGUUCUGAAAUGUAUGGAUUGUUGUCGGGUUACGUCAUGUGCUUUUUAAAAAAUCCCACUUAUGCAAUUAACCCAGAAUUUGCUUAUUCCUUAACAGGCCUGUGUUAUUUCCUACUC